AAACAAGUUAAACGAAGAAGGAGAAACGCCUCAAAGGAUCAACUAAACAUACUCGAGAACGUGUUUCAAAAGACUCAGUUCCCGUCUGCUCGUCUAAGAGAAGAAUUGGCAAAUAAGCUUAAUAUGAGUCCGCGUGCGGUUCAGAUUUGGUUUCAGAACAAACGACAAGCUUUUCGAAAAGGGAAAUAUUGUCCC